UCCCGGGAAAAAAAAAAAAAGAAUUUUCUCGGCUAUCAUUCAUCGAAAAAUGAAAAAAGAAAAUCAGAAUUUCCUUUUCGAGAAAAAUUAGUAAAAUAGAAAAAUCAAAAGAUUCUGUAAGAUUCAUGGCUGUUCGUUAUAACUGAACACCGAAAACCUCUUUAGCUUCGAAAAUCAAAGGAAAAAUAUGAGCAAUCUUAGAACCUUAUGCAAACCCCAAACAGUGUUCUCGUUUAUCAAUUGCAGACAUCAAUUUCGAUUCAGAGCUUCGUUUUCGAACCCUAAUUGUAAACCCAAUUUGCAAUUGCAAUCGCCUUGGUUGUAUUCUACAUGGCUAGUUUCUUCGGAUUUGAGCAGACCUAUGCCUCGGUUUCGAUUGAAUCAGAAGAGAACUGUUGCGAAAGCAACAAAUUGGGAUCAACCCAAGUCCCCAUAUGAAACUCUUGAAUUGGAAGGAGAUGCUGAUGAUGAACAGAUAAAGAUUUCUUAUAGACGUUUGGCCAAAUUUUAUCAUCCAGAUGUGUAUAAUGGAAGAGGAACCCUUGAGGAAGGUGAAACGGCUGAAGCUAGGUUUAUCAAGAUUCAAGCUGCUUAUGAAUUGCUUAUAGAUACAGAUAGGCGAAAACUAUAUGACAUGGAUAAUCGGGUUAAUCCUAUGAAGGCAUCUCAAGCAUGGAUGGAUUGGCUUAUGAAAAAGAGAAAAGCUUUUAAUCAACGGGGUGAUAUGGCAAUUGCUGCUUGGGCUGAGCAGCAACAGCGCGAUUUGAAUGUUCGCGUGCGUCAACUUUCUCGUUCAAAGAUUGAUCCAGAUGAAGAAAAGAAGAUUCUGGCAAGAGAAAAGAAGGCUUCAGCUGCACAUUUCAGCAGUACCCUUAAAAGGCACACACUUAUACUGAAGAAGAGAGAUCUAAUGCGAAAAAAGGCUGAAGAAGAAAUGAAGAAGACUAUCAGCCAGCUCUUAGCCGCAGAAGGUCUUGAGCUUGCUGAUAGUGACGAUGAAUUAUAGUGAACAUGGGACUGGUUUCUACUUACUAGUAGCUAAUAUGUGAUCCAAUAUGUCUCCCUCCAAGUAUCUGAUUAUUCUUUAAUUAUAAUAAUACAAAAGAUAUAUGUACAUAAUAGUUUGUUACUUCCAGACAAAUUGAAUGAGAAUUUAUCUUUGCUUA